AUGGCAAUGAUGAAAAUGUCAUUUGUGGUUGGUUUGGUUCUAUUAUCUUUCGUCGCGGUCGGAAAUUGCGACGAAGUUGAUUGCGCAAAAGUUCCAAUCGAGAAUUUAGAACCGUGCAAGGCGUUUGUGUUGGGCCAAUCGGACAAACCUAGCGGUGAAUGCUGCAAAGGCGUGAAAUCUUGGACAACUGUUUCUGAAGAGAUUGUGUGCGAAUGCUACAGAAAGGCACCGCAAAGAUUGUCUUACAAACCCGAUCAAAUAAGAGCAACGCAACUUCCUUUCGUUUGUAAAGUCCCCGAGUUUUACAACUACAUCGCUUGUCUCGUGUAA